AUGGCCACUCUUCACUACCUCCCACCAGUCAAGCCAUCGGCCAUUGCGCUCGGCACCGUCUUCAACCACGUCGCCUCGCUCGCCAUCCUCGGCCCCGUCUUCGGCGAGAGCUACCGCAAGGCCCAAGCCGCCAACUCGGCUGAGGAGUUCUUCAAGUCCAAGGAGGCUGCCUCUGCUGGCGCCGCCUGGGGAACUUCCCUGACCGGCUCUGCGCUCCAGUCGUACGGUGUUGCUGCUCUGCUCCAGGCCACUGGCACCCUCUCCUACAAGGGCGCUGCGUACCUCGGUGCUUUGAUCUUCGCUGCCUCUUCUGCUCCAUCGUUCAUUGCCCAGGUCUUCACUGAGAAGCGCCCGCUCGACACCGUCGCCGUCGGCGCCCUUGCCCGCACCUUCGAGACUGUCGGCCUGUCCCUGUUCCUCACCUGGUGGGGCGUGCGCCAGAACCCACUCAACUAG